AUGUCGCCCUCUUCAUCUUCACCUCCUGGUGACUCGUUACCCGAGCCCCAAAGCUCCAGGAGCAUUGCCAUUCCUUCCAAGCACCCUCUCUCCUCUUCUUCUGAAGCUACGACACGGUGUGGCUGUCGCUGCGGGGGCUGUACAUGCUCCCUGAGGACAUGCUGCAACCCUGGCCACUCGGUUGCGGACUCCAACCGCGAAGCUUAUGGAGGACAGGGUACAAAUAUUGGUGCUGCCUCCAACAACGUCUCCAAUCUCAACGCGUCCUCCCUCGAAGCCCAGGGUCCUAAGAUCACGAUCGUGGCACCCCCCAGCCUCGAAAUCCUCAGCAAGCUGAACGAAUGCACACCGCGACAGCUGGCCGAGUCCCGAACCGAACAAUAUCUCGAUGAUGUCGAUGACGACGCACCAUGGCUACAGUUCCUCUCGCAGCCAAGCAUGACCAGCGAUGCACCCGAACUUUCCGGCAUGUUCUUCGGCGCCCCUGACAUGGAGGACGGCUCCAUGGAAAACAACCCGGCCAGUCACGGUAGCGGCUCGAUGCUGUCGUCGUACGUGUCAGGGUUGACAUCACGAGGCGAGGCGGCGGGUGCAAUUGUCCAACAUGCUGGAGCAGCUUUGACAAAUGCCUCUGGUCGGUCCAAUUCCGGCAACCAACGCAAUCUGUACCUACAGGUGCUUUGA